GCGGCGGACGGCGGCGGCGAUGUCGGUGCAGGUGGCGGCCCCCGCGGUGGAGCUGAAGGAGCUGAGCGGUCCCAUGGAGAAGGGCUGCGAAGCGACGACCGUUCCUCAUCCCUCCCCUGGGGUUCCGUGUUCCGGAACGGAGAGGGAAGCGGUCACGGCGGCCGAGAGGCCACCGCCGGGUGCGGUGAAGGUGCCUCAGGCCUCGGCCAUGAAGCGAAGCGAUCCCCACCACCCACAGCACCGGCAUCGCGAUGGGGGGGUCGGCGUGGGGGGGGCGGCGGCGGCGGCGGCGGACGGCGGAGCGGCGGCCGAAGCGCUCGUCAGCCCCGACGGCACCGUUAGUGAAGCGCCCCGCACCGUUAAGAAGAUCCAGUUUGCUGACCAGAAGCAGGAAUUCAAUAAGCGCCCGACGAAAAUCGGCCGCCGCUCGCUGUCCCGCUCCAUCUCACAGUCAUCAACAGACAGCUACAGCUCAGCUGCCUCCUACACUGACAGCUCUGACGAUGAGACCUCCCCCCGAGACAAGCAGCAGAAGAACUCCAAGGGCAGCAGUGAUUUCUGUGUGAAAAACAUCAAGCAGGCAGAAUUUGGGCGUCGAGAGAUCGAAAUCGCUGAGCAAGAAAUGCCUGCGCUGAUGGCAUUGAGGAAGAGAGCUCAGGGAGAAAAGCCACUGGCUGGGGCCAAGAUUGUGGGCUGCACACACAUCACAGCCCAGACAGCGGUCCUGAUGGAGACCCUGGGUGCCCUGGGGGCCCAAUGCAGGUGGGCUGCAUGCAACAUCUACUCCACCCUCAAUGAAGUGGCCGCUGCCCUCGCUGAGAGCGGAUUCCCCGUCUUCGCUUGGAAAGGAGAAUCUGAAGACGAUUUCUGGUGGUGCAUCGAUCGCUGCGUCAACGUGGAGGGCUGGCAGCCCAACAUGAUUUUGGAUGACGGAGGAGAUCUCACUCACUGGAUCUACAAGAAAUACCCCAACAUGUUCAAGAAGAUCAAGGGGAUCGUAGAGGAGAGCGUCACCGGAGUGCACAGGCUCUACCAGUUGUCCAAAGCAGGGAAACUCUGCGUCCCAGCCAUGAAUGUAAAUGACUCAGUGACAAAGCAGAAGUUUGACAACCUGUACUGCUGCAGGGAGUCCAUCUUGGAUGGCCUGAAGAGGACAACAGACAUGAUGUUUGGAGGGAAGCAGGUGGUGGUGUGUGGCUAUGGGGAGGUGGGCAAGGGCUGCUGCGCGGCGCUGAAGGCCAUGGGCUCCAUCGUCUACGUGACUGAGAUCGAUCCCAUCUGCGCCCUGCAGGCCUGCAUGGAUGGGUUCAGGCUCGUGAAGCUCAACGAAGUCAUCAGACAGGUGGACAUUGUCAUCACCUGCACAGGCAACAAGAAUGUAGUGACCAGGGAGCACCUGGACCGGAUGAAGAACAGCUGCAUCGUCUGCAACAUGGGGCACUCCAACACUGAGAUCGAUGUGGCAAGCCUGCGCACACCGGAGCUGACCUGGGAGCGGGUGAGGUCCCAGGUGGACCACGUCAUCUGGCCAGAUGGGAAGCGAAUAGUGCUGCUGGCGGAGGGCCGCCUGCUGAACCUGAGCUGCUCCACGGUGCCCACCUUCGUGCUGUCCAUCACCGCCACCACGCAGGCUUUGGCUCUGAUAGAGCUGUACAAUGCUCCCGAGGGCCGCUACAAGCAAGACGUGUACCUGCUGCCAAAGAAAAUGGAUGAGUACGUGGCGAGCCUCCACCUCCCGACAUUCGACGCGCACCUGACAGAGCUCACGGACGAGCAGGCCAAGUACCUGGGGCUGAACAAGAACGGGCCCUUCAAACCCAACUACUACAGGUAUUAAGUUCCUGCCGCUGUCGCCACGAGGAACAGAACCCAAAUCCUUUCUCAACUACUGUACAGGAUGAAGCAGCGCAAGCUUGCUACGCUCGAGCCGGGCUUGCUCUCGUAGUAGACCGUGUGUUAGGUUAUUUAUUUAUUGAAUUAGAGUUCUGUGCGCGGCUCUGCCUCGUGUUCGUGCUGCCGCGGACUGGGAGACGCUCCGUUUCUUUCCCUUCGUUUCGUUUCUCUCUUUGUGGUCGUUCCCAUUCGGGGCUGUGUGAGGAUGAGGGUGAGGAAGGAGCCGAUGGGGUGGGGACUCCGCUGCGCUGCGCUGCUGCUCCGUUCCCAGUGCCAAGCUUUGCCGUGAACCAAAGUUUCCUUCCUGCUGCUCGCGUGGUUCCGAAUCACGGCCGGAGCGCGACGGCCGACGGCACCCACGUCAGCUCCUCUGCAGCCUCGUUGGGAACACGCAGAGUCUGAUUUCCCGGUGACGUUCCUCCAUCACAUCCAUCAAACCUCCUCUGGGCGGAGGAGCCGCCUGCGCCCCGUCGGCGUCCAGUUGGGAACUGCCGUCAUUCCGCGAUGGAGGUUGGCCAACUGUUGGCCACAAAGCGGAGCUGCAGGGCUGGUGUCCCAGCACCCCUCGUCCCUUAGGCACCGCUCGAUCCACCUGAAGAUUCCUUCAUCCACCUCUGGCCGCUGCCUGCUGCAGCUCCUCGCCGUGUCCUCGCCGUCACUCACGCACAAGAGAGGAGGAGCUGUGGAAGCGCGGCCCCGCAGCCGCGUCCUGCAGCCAGCAGUUCUCCCUGCUCCACAACUGUGCCCAGAUCGGAGAUUUUGGGAAGAGUCCGCGGAGCUGUUGGAUGUUUUAUGCUGGGGGCAGCGCUGGGCCGAGCGUCUGUCCAGGAAGUGUUCCUGCACUGAGCUUCCCAGCGCCGAGCGUCCCUACGUGGCUCAGUUUCCUGGUGCUGAGCAUCUACACACUGGGCACCCCAACGUGGAGCCUGGCACCCCAAAAUGGAGCUCAGCACCCCAAAAUGGAGCUCAGCACCCAACUUGGAUCUCUGGACCCCAGCAUGGAGCUCUGGAUCCCCACAUGGAGCACAGCACCCAACAAAGAGCUCAGCACCCAACUUGGAUCUCUGGAUCCCCACAUGGAGCUCAUGCCCCCAAAUGGAGCUCAGCACCCCAAAAUGGAGCUCAGCACCCCAACAAAGAGCUCAGCACCCAACAAAGAGCUCAGCACCCAACAAAGAGCUCAGCAGCCAGCACGGAGCUCAGCACCCCACACUGAGCUCACCGCUGCCCCAGGAUCAUCUCUCCCGGCGGCCGUGCCGAUUUCUAAGCCCUGAUUUACCUUCAUUUCUCUUCCAGGUGAUAGGACAAAAAAAAAAUAAUCAAAAAAAUUACCCCCCCAAAAUGGCCCCACCUUUUCCCACCUCUAUUUUUAAAGUCCUUCUCCGUGUCAUUCUGCUUCUCCUGUCAGCUUUUCCGCUUGCUUGGCUUUUCCUAAUCAAUCUGGAAUUAUAAUAUUCUGUGAUCAUCUCUAAAUUAAAACGUGUAAUUUUUUUUUUCUUCUUCUUCUUUUUUUUUUUUUUCUUUUUUUAACGUAACACAUUUUUAAAGAAUUAGGAAAAGGAGAUUUAGGUAACACCAGCAAAAUCGCAUAAGGAAAAUAAUUCAGUUCUGAUCUUUAGAAACAAAUGAGACAAAACCCAUCAUCGUCAGCUGCAGAGAGGGCAGCAAAACUUGGAGAACAUUUUCAAAAGGAUGUUUUAAUUAUUGAUGUCUGAGUGAUUGUAUUAGAGCAGCAAUAAAGACUCUGUAAUCUCAAAACGGAAAUAAAACAUUGGAAAACCGA